GUCAAAAUAUCAAACAUGCAAAAAUCAAAACAAAUCUCGAAGUCACGGAGCAAGCGAGUGUUUUAUUUUGUUUGUUACUUCAAAUUCAAUAAUAUAUAACUAAUUAUAAAGUAAUAACGUCAAUCAACUGUUUAAAAAUUGUCAUAAAUAAGUUGUUAAUAUGUACCAUAAGAUAAAAAGUCAAAAUCUAAUGAACUGAAUAUUAUAACCUAAAUUUAAGUGUUUGCAAUUUUCCAUAUUUAUCCUCAAAAUGCGGUACGCACAACUUAUCGUAGGACCUGCAGGUAGUGGCAAGUCUACGUAUUGCUCAACAAUGGUGAAACACGCAAACGACUCGAAGCGCAUCAUAGAGGUGGUCAACCUUGACCCUGCAGCAGAGCACUUUGACUAUGAACCACUCGUAGACAUUCGGGAACUGAUACAUUUGGAUGACGCUAUGGAAGAUGAGGAAUUGCAGUUUGGACCAAAUGGCGGACUAGUAUUUUGUAUCGAGACCCUCUUAGAAAAUUGUGAUUGGCUGGAGGAUCAGCUCGGAGACGUUGACGAUGACUACAUUCUCUUCGAUUGCCCGGGACAGAUUGAGCUGUACACACACCUGCCGGUGAUGAGGAAGCUGGUGGAUGUCCUGCAGAGGUGGAACUUCAGGAUUUGUGUAGUGUUCAUGGUCGAUUCACAGUUUAUGGUUGAUGGGGCUAAGUUCCUAUCAGGCACAAUGGCAGCCCUCAGUGUGAUGGUAAAUUUGGAGCUCCCACAUGUCAAUAUCCUCACGAAGAUGGAUCUGCUCAGUAAAUCAGCUCGGAAUCAGCUAGACAAUUAUCUAGAUCCAGAUCCUCACAUUCUUCUGGCAGACAUGAGAAACGCACAUUCCAAAUGGCACGAGAAAUAUGCGAAGCUAACAAAAGCAAUCGGCGAGGUCAUAGAAAACUUCAGCCUGGUGCGGUUUUAUCCCCUGAACAUAAAGGACGAAGAGAGCAUAGACAACAUUCUGAUCACCAUAGACAAUAUCAUUCAAUAUGGCGAAGAAGCAGAUGUUAAAAUUAGAGAUUUUGAAGAAGAAGAUGACGGGGACAAUGACCAUUUAGAUUAAAAAUAUGUUGUUAA